AUGCCGUCAGAUGGCAGAAGAUCCAAGAGCCGGGACCUGUGCUACUACGAUGAGGUUCCCUGUGCCGAGGAGGUGCCCUCCCCUGAUGGGGGCCCGAGGGCACUGCAGACACUUGCGAACAGCAGGCUGGCCGUGAGCGCCGAUCCCCUGCCGCCGCCCCCUCUCCCCUUACAGCCGGCCUUCGGCCCAGACUUCGACUCAAGUGACACUGGGGAGCCAGCCGUGGCCCCGGAUCUCAAACCCGUCCGGCGCUUUGUCCCCGACUCCUGGAAGAACUUCUUCAAAGGGCGGACAAGGGAGCCCCCCGCGUGGGAGAAGCCGGUGUCCGAUAUCAGGUACAUCUCCGAUGGCGUGGAGUGCUCCCCGCCGGCCUCGCCCUCGCCCUCGCCGCUGAGCGAGGGCCCCCCGGGCACCCCGGGCCGCGCGUACAGCGAGGAGGUGGAGCGGUACCACCUGCGCUACGCCUACAUGAAGUCCUGGGCCGGCCUGCUGCGCCUCCUGGGCGUCGUGCAGCUGCUGCUGGGCACGGGCGUCUUCGCCUGCGUCACGGCCUACAUCCACAAGGACAGCGAGUGGUACAACCUCUUUGGCUACUCGCCGCCCUUCGGGCUCGGCGGCGUGGGCAACCUGGGCAGCAUGUACGGGGGCUACUACUACAACGGCCCCAAGACCCCCUUCGUGCUGGUGAUGGCGGGCUUGGCGUGGGUCGCCACGAUUAUCAUCCUGGUUCUCGGCAUGUCCAUGUACUACCGGACCAUUCUGCUGGACUCGCACUGGUGGCCCCUCACGGAGUUCGGCGUGAACGUGGCCUUGUUUGUCUUGUACAUGGCCGCAGCCAUCGUCUACGUGAAUGACACCAACCGAGGGGGCCUCUGCUACUACCCGCUGUUCAACACGCCGAUGAACGCAGCCUUUUGCCGGGUGGAGGGCGGCCAGAUCGCAGCCAUGAUCUUCCUGUUCGUCACCAUGCUGGUGUACCUCAUCAGCGCCCUGGUCUGCCUGAAGCUGUGGCGGCAUGAGGCCGCGCGCAGGCAGAGGGAGUACAGGGAGCAGCAGGAGAUACACGAGUCAUCAUUGUCAUCGAAAAGGAAAAUGUAUGAAAUGUCGACCAGCUGUGACAGACUGAGAGACCCAGAAGUGAAUUUCAAAGAAUUGGGAGAAGCCAAAAGGAAGCCUGAACUGCGGAGUGGUCACAUCCCCUCGGGCCACAUCCCUAAACCUAUCGUGAUGCCUGACUACGUGGCAAAAUACCCUGUGAUUCAGAACGACGACGAACGGGAACGCUACAAAGCUGUGUUCCAAGACCAGUUCUCCGAGUACAAGGAGCUCUCGGCCGAGGUGCAGGCCGUCCUGCGGAAGCUGGAUGAGCUGGACGCCGUGAUGAGCAGACUGCCCUAUCACUCAGGAAACCGAGAGGAGCAUGAAAGAAUUUCAAGGAUCCAUGAAGAAUUUAAAAGAAAAAAGAAUAAUCCUACUUUCCUGGAAAAAAAGGAACGCUGUGAUUACCUGAAGAGUAAACUUUCUCACAUAAAGCAAAGAAUUCAAGAAUAUGAUAAAGUAAUGAAUUGGGACAUUCAAGGUUAUUCUUCUUAAGUCUUAUUUGAGACCACCUUUUUAAAAUGGCAAAUUGAAUAUUUAUUCGCCGUCUGUUCUACGUUCGUCUCUGUGAUACAGAAGCAGUUCCUUCCUAAGUCAGCUUCAGGCUGGUGGAAUCGGCAUUCCGUGUUAACCAGUGUGCCUUUCGCUCAAACAUUUCAAAGCAAGUUCAAAUGUACAUCGGCCCUUACUAACAAUGGGGAGAUUCCUGUGCCUGUGUAGUUUCACGUUUAUCUUCUUAGAAUGUGUUGUCUGUCAUUGAAGUGCAGGUAGAGGCCCUCUCCUGGGAUGUGAUGAGCAAACGUUCUGUGGGCUCUGGUGCUGCCGCCUCCUAGUUCACUCAGCCAGAUGCCUGGGAUGUUCUAGGACAGACGCCUCUUCCCAGCCUAAGGUGUCCUUUGAUUUCCCUCCCUUCAUGCAUAAUUGACUCUAAGAUCACUAUUUAUAAACUUUGUGAUCUUGGGCAAGCUACUUAAGAACUCUGAUCCUGUUUCCUUCUCUCUGAAUCGGGGCUAACAUUUGUACCUACCUCAUAGGGCUGAUAAUGAGGAGGAAAUGAGCGAGUUCAUAUUGACAAAGCACUUAGAACAGAGCCUGGCCCCCUGGAACUAUUUUGUUGUUGUUGUGAUGUGUCAUCAAAUCAAUUCUGACUCUUAGUGACCCCGUGAGACCAAGUAGAACGAACUGCCCAGUAGAGUUUCCUAGACCGGAAUCCGUGCGGGAGCGUAUCACCAGGCCCGUCCUCCCAAGGAAUUGGAGUUGCCAGUGGGUUCAAACUACUAGCAGCCAGGCCGGUGCUUGACCACUGUGCCACCAGGUCUUGAUUUCCGUGAAAUCUACAGAAAUGCUCCUGAAGUGAGUCAACUGCAAUAGUGAGUCUCAAGAACAGGUCCUUAAUGAGCUGAUUCAGCCAGCGUAACCACCAAAGGCAUGUGCGUAUCCUGAUGAUAUUUCCUGUGCUGCCCUGUGGCUCUGCGCCCGCGGGGUCCAGUACACCUUCCCUGUACCCUCCCUGCAUGUCGUCGCUUUCACUGUGCACGCACCACUGUGCACUCAACUCCCACGCGGCCCAGCCUAACCUGCACAUGUCUACACAAGGAUGUGUGAAUUUAAUAGGCCUUUCCCAUCUCUGGACAAUUUUCCAAAGGCCAAAUAAUGAUGCUCUGUUUACUGGGGAUCUUCCUUGGAUUUAUUGGGAUGCUUCAUCUUACCAAGAAUUGUCGUGGCUUUAGGACUUUAUUUAUGAUAGACUUUUUUUUAAAUCAAUAUGAACAGACUGCCUACCAAAAUGUUAAGAAUCAUUGCAUCCCAUAAAACAGUUACGUUUUUGUGCAACAUUUUCCAAGUAUAGAGCUCCACAGACUGCCGACUUGAGCUGCCGUUCAGACAGUGGAACACUCUGAGGACUCUGGUGCACCGCACCCAAGCCUGGUAUUUUUCAUCACCUCUUAUAUCUGCAAAGCCUGCACAAUUAAUCAGGAAGACUGAAGAAUAAUUGAUGCCUUUAAAUUAUGGUGUUGGCAAAGAAUAUCGAAUGUGCAUUAGA